CCUCUUCCUGACUAGGGGAAGCGGUGCAACUCUACAAACAUCGUGCUGUGGGCUUGUGACCAGUCAAGAGUGGUCGCACGUCGCGUUCCUCAGCUCUUGGACUGAACUAAUAGCGAAAUGUUCUGUCUUGAUCUGCAGUUAAUUUAAUUUGAACCUGGCUCACUAUGGAGAUUUCAUUCAAAGGCAAAGAAGCUCUGGUCACCGGAGCAGGAAAAGGGAUUGGCAGGGCCACUGCUCUUGCGCUGGCCCUUUGCGGUGCGAAUGUCACGGUGCUCUCACGCACACAGUCUGACCUGGACAGUUUGGUGAAGGAGUGUCCAUCCAUCGUCCCUGUGUGUGUAGACCUGUCAGACUGGAAAGCCACAGAGGCGGCCCUCAAAAACAUUGGUCCCAUUGAUCUGCUCGUCAAUAACGCUGCAUGUGCCAAACUCCAGCCAUUUCUUGAGGUCACGCCUGACCAAUUUGACCAGUCUUUCAAUGUGAACGUGAAAGCGGUGCUGAAUGUAUCCCAGAUAGUGGCUCGUGGGAUGAUCGCAAGAGGCUCGGGAGGCUCCAUUGUAAAUGUGUCCAGCCAAGCGUCGCAGCGUGCACUCAAAAACCACACAGUCUACUGUGCCACUAAAGCAGCACUGGACAUGUUGACUAAAGUCAUGGCUCUGGAACUGGGACCCCAUCAGAUACGUGUGAACAGUGUGAACCCCACUGUGGUGAUGACUGAAAUGGGCCGACGAGGUUGGAGUGACCCCGAGAAAGUCAAGACUAUGACAUCUCGCAUCCCGCUGGGCCGCUUCGCAGAGGUAGACGAAGUGGUGAACAGUAUUUUGUUUCUACUGAGUGAUAAAAGCACAAUGACGAAUGGAGUAUCUCUGCCAGUGGAUGGAGGCUUCCUUGCCUGUUAAACCAGCACGACGCAUCAUCAACUCUUCAACACUCAUGUGUUCCCCCCCUCUGUUCACUUGAAACAUUUCACUUGGUUUCACAUGUCAGCGUUGUCAGUGUGGUUAAUCAACCCAUUAUUAGUUCAUUAGAAAAGUUCCAAAAAAUUGAUUAUUACAUGCCUCGCGAUUCGACACGAUUCGAUUGGAUUACGAUUCAUUCAAGGUUCAAAAACGAUGAUUUUCCCUCAUAACUUUAUGACAGCCGCUCGUAGUGGAAUUAAAUUCAAGACACGUCUGCCGCCCGGACACAGUUAACAGACCGCACGCACAACGUUAUGAUGGAUGAUCCCGGUUACUGGGAGAGAGAUUUACUCCUUUUUAAAAGACUGGAAAAUAAAUUUGUGUAUGAGACAGGCAGGGACAGAGUGCGACCCAGCGGUCGCGAUUUUGUGCGCAAGCUAUUUUUUAGAGUGAGAGGGGAAGAGAUAGUUUGUUGCUUCUUGUCCAGCAGUAGUUUAAAGGCAUUUCAAUUGAAAAAUGUCCUGAGUGUGUUUCUAAGACCUGUCUAUACGAGGUGAGUACACGAACCCUCUUGUACUCUUUAGCCUUUAUUAGGGCCCUAGCACCAUUGUUCUGCAAAGGAUUAUUAUUAUUCUUUCUUCAUGGCAAAUGAAAAUGGCCCAUUUGGAGGUCUUAACAUGCUCAAAAACUCACCAAAAUUUGCACAAGCAUGCGGAUACGCGAACAUUUCGAUAAUUUGGCAAAGUUGUGAAAAAAUUUCAAAAAAUGGCUCAGUGGCGCCCCCUAAAAUUUUAAAAAAGGCCUCUCCAUUUAGGUUUUUUCAGCGUAGAGCAGUGAAAUUUGGGGAGUCGAUACCUUGGGCUAAAAUGCUUCAAAAAGUCUCUUGCACCCAUAUUCCAAACCCAACAGGAAAUCGGGUGUUUUGGAUUGAAUAUUGAAAAACAUGCCAUUUUUGUCGAAAAACCAGGGUGCACGUUUGAGACCAUUGCGCCAAGGCAGUUAGUUGGAUCCUCCUUAAAAUUGGUGAGACCCUCCAUGAGACAUAUGAGAUGGAUAAAUUGGUUCAUCUGAUGACAGCAGUGAAGAACUGCUAUGACUCAUUAAGGCUGUUGCUUCAUGCUCUGCUACUUCAUCUGUAGGAGAAAAAAAGAUACAAUGUAUUUUUCAUCGUACUAAAGUCGAUGGGGUGCCAAAGUCGACAUUUUUUUGACAAAACACAAAAUUCAGAAAAACACUAAUAACUACCCCAUACAACGUUAAAUCUUUUUCAUAUUUGGCAUGUACGUGAUGUAUCCCAGCCUGAACUCGACUUCAUUGAAAUAUCACCCAUUAGGCCUAGCGCCCCCUCCUGGGAACAGGAAAUGGCCUUUUUAGUACACCGACUCCUCCUGGAAGGGAAAAAAACCUAAUGACCCCCCCAAAAAAAUCACCGAAAAUAAAUUGGAGAAAUCGACACAGGACUCCCGAGGGCCUGUUGAGUCCUGCUUGCGGGGCUAGUUGUUGUUGUUUUUGAAAUGUUAAUAAUUAGCGCCGAGCGCUAAGCUAAUUAGCUAAUUCACUAACGUGUAUUUCAUAUGCAGAACGUGUAAAACCAUGAUUAAGUACAGCGGUAACACUACAAACAUGCAAAAUAGUACAGAAAUCUGUUGUUGCAAGUGCUGCCUGGGAGCUGACAGGCGUGUGUGCGUGGGCAACCAGGGAGAGAAGAAAGUGCGCGCGCUGUCAUGACUGAGUGUGGGUGUUGCGAUGUUGUAGGCUCACGGACUUUUUUAUGUGCUCGGCAAUAAACGCCACAAGUUAAAAGUGAUAAAGAGCAGUUGUGAUUUCCACCUGUCACCCCAAGAGUUACACAAGGGAGGUAACACUGUGAAAACAAAGUAUAUUGGUUAAAAGAAGUCUUAUUUGUAAAGACAGUUUGUGUCCAGAAAAUUUGGAAUUCAUUCCACCAGUGUAAAUUAUAUUGUAUUAUUGAGAGAAAUAAGUACUCCCUUCAAAAUAGUUAAUGUUUUUGCUAGGGCUGUCAAAAUUAUCACGCUAACGAGCAGUAAUUAAUUUUUAAAAUUAAUCCCGUUAAAAUAUUUGACGCAAUUAACACACAAAUGCCCCGCUCAAACAGAUUAAAAUGACAGCACAGUGAAAGGUGUACUUGUUGUGUUUUUCGGAGUUUUGCCGCCCUCUGCUGGCGCUUGGUUGCGACUGAAUUUAUAGGCUUCAGCACCCAUGAGCAUUGCGUAAGUAAUUAUUGACAUCAACAAUGGCGGGCUACUAGUUUAUUUUUUGAUUGAAAAUUUUACAAAUUUUAUUCAAACGAAAACAUGAAGAGGGUUUUGAUAUAAAAUUUGAUUAUAAAAUGUCUUUAAAGAACUACAAGUCUUUCUAUCCAUGGAUCGCUUUAACAGAAUGUUAAUAAUGGUAAUGCCAUCUUGUUGAUUUAUUGUUAUAAUAAAGAAAUACAGUACUUAUGUACUGUAUGUUGAAUAUAUAUAUCCAUCUUGUGUCUUAUCUUCAGUGUUGGGCACGUUACUUUAAAAAAGUAAUUAGUUACAUUACUCACUAUUUCUUCCAAAAAGUAACUGAGGUAGUAACUGAGUUACUCUAUAGUAAAAGUAACUAGUUACCAGGGAAAGUAACUAUUUCCGUUACUUUAAAAAGAACUUGUUGUAUGUCAAAGAAUUUGAAAUUUUCUGAGCAGUAUUCGAGUCAGUGGAAUAGAGAAGAACAGACAGGUAGUUAACUUGUUAGGUGCUUCAGCAGAUUUGAAUUGCUUACCACAGAUGUCGACAAAAGCUUUGCCCCGGGACAUAAAUUACAUUACAUGCAGGUUCUUUCCUUUAAUUUCGACAAACUUGAAAUAGUGUCUAUAUCUCCACCUCUUAAAGGACAGUUUUUCUUCUGACUGCUCUACCAUCCCGACCCUGUGCAUCUGUUUUGCGUGUGUGUGUUUGCCGCACGCGCCGUUCCGGUUUGCUUGUGAAAUCACCGGCUCUGAUUGGCUUACCACGACACAUGACUCUAACCCUCAGCCAAUCACAAUCACUUCCAUCGCAUCUCUCGAGGGCAUGCAUUCAGGUUGGCUAGUUUCCCGACAAUUCACGUUACCUUCAAAGCGUCUGCCGUCCUCAAGAUGGAAGCAGAAUUAUUGCUGGCUGACAGUGGGAGAUGGGAACGAGGCUAGCAUCAGGUGUAGCAAACACAGAAACGUUACCAAACUUUGGAAAGCAUUGUCUAAUUGAAUGAGCAGGGACAAACAGCUUGGAGUCAGAAGUACGUGCGCUAUUCUCGAACCUGAACGCACCCCAAGUCUUGGAGCAGAGAGUCGACUCGACACGACUGGUAGUUUCUUCAAUUUAUUCAGACUAAGUAACGCACCGCUUUUGACCGUCAGUAACGGUAACGGCGUUGUAGCGGCGGAAAAAGUAAUUAGUUAGAUUACCCCGUUACUGAAAAAAUAACGCCGUUACGUAACAGCGUUAUUUAUAACGGCGUUACUCCCAACACUGAUUAUCUUUCCAUUCCAACAAUAAUUUACAGAAGAAUAUGGCAUAUUUUAUAGAUGGUUUGAAUUGCGAUUAAUUGCGAUUAAUUACGAUUAAUUAAUUUUUAAGCUGUAAUUAACUCGAUUAAAAAUUUUAAUCGUUUGACACCCCUAGUUCUUGCACUUUCAUGUAAAAAAUAAAUAAAAAAAAAAAGCAGCUUAAGGGCAGCAUUUUGUUGUAUGGGCAUGUUUCCAUCGUUCCUGUUGAAUCAUAAGGAUAUUUUAAAUAAAUAAUGGACAUAAAUUUGUUUGGCUACUUUAUUAAUCAGUAAUGCAUCGACAAUCGUGAUAAUCACGAUAACCGCGAUCAUCGUCAAUACUGUGAUCGUCGUUCAAAAAUCGGAUCGCAGCACCCUGAAUCGUAAUCCAAUCGAAUCGUGGGUUGCCUAAGACGGCACAUCCCUAUUCUUCGUAGUGUAUCAUGUGGGAUUUUUCAAUUUGUACAGUAGUGUAGUGUACGUAUGAGGUAAUAUUUUAUGUCAUACGUAUGCGCCAAAUAUUCAUUUAUAGCGGCAGCUACAUUUGCGUCUUUGGUAAUGCUCAUUUUGAAAUUCCACGACAGAAGCGGAAUAACUUCCUAGUUCAUCAGUGCUUACCCUCUCCGGUGGAUUCGUCCAAUCGGCAAUGAGUUGUUGUUUUUUUUGACUGGUCCCUACCGCUUCCGGUUGCUUAAUGUAAUUUCAUUUUCUGGAUUUGCCGUUGUUUUUUUAUUUCAUUUUUUGUUAUGUGAUUUGCAGUUGUGUUCUUUUAUUUGUCGUUGUGUUUUCUGAAUUCUUUUUUGUUCUGUGAUUUUUUGUUGUUUUUUGAUUAGGUUUUUUUUUUGGUUAUGUGAUUUGCCGUUUUGUUUUUUAUUUGAUUUUUUUCUUAUGUGAUUUGCCGUUGGGUUUUUGAAUUUGCCAUUGUGUUUUUUUUUUUUAAUUUGCUGGUUUUUAUUUUUUUGAUUUGCUGUUGUGUUUUGUACUUCAGGGCCACAGUACCAGAUGGCAGAAGGUCCUAAACAAUGAUUUUACACCUUUGAAUCCCAACUUCAACUGCCCACUAUCUUGUGUCCUUGCAUGGGCAAGACACUCCAACACAAACUACCUGCCAGUUUAAAUGAGAAAUCACAACAUUACAGAGAUAAGGCUUUUAUCUUUUAAAAUUUCAAUUAGCUUAAAUGUCCAUUCCUUUCGGAUAAUUUAAUCAUCACGCUACUAAAGUGUCCAUAUCCAGGUACUUUUAUUCCAUUUUCUUGAAUGACUUUUUUAUUUUUUAAAAUUUUUUACAUGUAAUGUCUCGUGUGCCGAAUAAAUCAGGACAACAAGUUGGCGUACAUAUACAUUUGUAUUUGGUAUUCCAAAAAAUUGAAAUAUUUAACCACACAGAUGUGAAGUAAUAAAAUUUUUAAAAAUGAGACACAGUUGGAACAAGUAUACAAUUCAUCUUACAUUACGUACAUACAUGGCCAAAGCGUUUCAACCUCUCCUAAGGAUUACAUUGUGUCAAAUAACCAGAGAACUUCCAUGCAGUAGUAGUUUCAGAAUUGGCGCUGCAUUUUUCAGCCUAACUUUGACACCUAAACAAGGCAGGACGACCACACCAUCUGCUACGCCAGCAAAUUACAGUAUAACAAGGUGGGUGGGAGUGAUAUAUCUCGCCCCACAGCCCUGCACCCGUACAGAAAUGCAUUAUUACACUUCAUAAAAGGUGCAUUUAAAAAAAAAAAAUCACUGGCAACUAAACCCAACCAAAAAUCAGCCCCUUUAUUUUACAAUGGUAGCAACACUUCAACGUGAAUCACUUUGCCUAUAGUGAUAAGAGCUAAAUAUUCAGUUAUAUUGGUAAAGCAUUCAGCCUGUACAUCAUUUGACGAUAGUUCCUUUCGACAGCCGUGUUUAUUACUGCAAUACAAUAUGAAAUUGUACCAAAAACUUGACACUAAAAAAAAAAAGUCUUUCAUGCACUUCUCCAAACUGUCGAGCAAUGUUCUUGCACGCACGCGCACACACAGACGACAUCAAAACAAUAACGGAAUAUUUUAAGACCCAUGCAAACUCCUCCACCCUCAGAGGCAGCAAGGUUUUUCACAUGUUCACAGUAAGGAUGAAGUUACUCAAACGCUCGAGUAAGAUCAGAGGGUGUUUGACAAAACAAAACAAAACAA